AUCUGUGGUCAAGAAAUGUGAAUUGUGAUCGCUUAUCGUUCGUUUUAGUUUGUAUCUUGUAUUAAAAACGUUCGUAACUUUUAUUAUAUAUAUGAAAAGUGCAGCAAUAAACUUUAAAUACAUGUGUUCGUUGUGGAAUUACAAUAAAUUUAUAUAGCGAACUCCGGGGUGAUGGAGUCACCGCCUUCGUUUUCGACUCACUCCGAAGCGCCCCCGUUAAGUGAAGAUAGUGGUUUGCUUAUUACUAGUGGUUCGUUUUCAAGUGAUUCUGCGAGUGGUUGGCAUCAUAUAACGUCGGAGUUGCAAGAGAGCGACUUCGACGAGCGAUCGCUGUCCCUCUGCGAGUCGACGGAUGCUUCGGAACGAAUCUGUGGUGACUUCUUCAAUACGGUGAAGAAAGGUCCAGGGAAAGUCAUCGUCACCGCCAUUGAACCACCCCCGGAAUUCCAGGAUAAUCCUGUCCCAACGGACUUAGAAUGCACAACUACUACGUUUGUUGGGACCCCAAACAAAUGUUUGGCUGUGUGCGUGCCUCCAUCUGUUAUUUGUACUAAUGAUUCUAUAAUAAAACCAAAAUCUUCGAGCUUAAAUAUACCAGUGACUGCUGGUCAUAUAUCCCCGAUGUACCCACGGAAAUUUAAGGCGGAAACACUGUAUGACAGACGUCAAUGUCUUAACCAUCGGUUUGCUAGCCCCAGAUUGCUACACCUCAGUCCUUGCCGUGGCACGAGGCCUUCUUCUAGAAAUUCCCUUUCGUCUCGACUGUCGAGCAGUCAUAAUUCUCUAAUUACACAAUUUCAAACUGACGACUCAAGUUUCAUAACACAAGCUAUUUCCCAUGACACCCUAUCUGCGAAAACGUCUGAUAUUACUGACAUGUACAAUGUCCCCUUUGACAGUGAUAUAUAUGCGGUACCUAUUGAUAUGAUCCGACCCAAUCAUAGCAAUAUCAGGGCCAGAAGCAAAAGACCACAGAGAACCAAUAAAAGGCGUAGUAAGACCACAACGCUGAUUCUCAACACCAAUAAUACGAUAAAUGAGAGGAAUUAUAAGCCAAAAGAUACGAAACACAAGGACACAAAAACAAAAAGGCACUCUCUGCCGGGUUCAUCGUGCAGGAAAAAGAUUUUGGCGGAAUCAGAUACAGACUCGUUACAUUUGACUCUACGUGAAAUGAGAAAGUAUUUGCAUACGCUGUACUCGAGUUCCAGCGAUUCAGAAUGCCGGAACACAAUAAAUAAAAAGAACGGGUCGCUACUAACUACGGCCACGGUCCAUUCAAGGCAAGCACUAAAAGAGUCGAGUACAGCAGUUUUCUUAAAAGAGAGUAACGAACCAAAAACAGCCGAGACAAACAACAACCAUAAAAAAACUAACAAGAACACUGCGGAGAUGAACGUGAAGAGCAAAAAGCAUAAAGAAAUUAAACAGAAGGAAUGUAGCAUCAUAGAGCUGGAUACGAAGAAGAAAGGGAAUCAGGGUUCGAAGGUGAAAAUGUCACCUGUUAGGAUACUUUCGAUGAAUAUAAAGCAAAGCUUUUGUAAUCUGUUUCGAUGGAGAAGGUCCAGCGAUGGAGAUGGCGUGGAGAAGAUAGGUCGCGGGUCGCCUCCUCCGGCCGUGAGGAGGGCUCUACCACCGCUGCCGCAGUCGCCGCACCCGUCCAAUUCUAGGCGAUCAGCAAACGAAGAUGACACUGUUAUGGACUUUGCGACAUCCAUCCAGAAAGUUAAAGAUUAUGGCUGGUACUGGGGUCCGAUAUCUGUGGAAUCCGCGGAGAAGAUACUUUCUAACGAGCCAGAUGGUUCAUUCAUUGUUCGGGACAGCAGUGAUGACCAUUACAUCUUCACGCUGACGUUUAAGCUGAACGGUCUACGCCAUGUUAGGAUAGAACAUGAUCAGGGUAAUUUUUCGUUUGGAGGAUGCACAAUGUUCAAAGCUCAAACAAUUGUUGAGUUUAUUGAGAAUGCGGUGGAGACAUCAAGGAGUGGGCGGUACCUGUUCUUUUUGAAUCUUCGGCCUGUACUGGGACCCGUGCGGGUUCAGUUGCUGUAUCCCGUAUCCAGGUUCAAGAGGGUUCAGAGUUUACAGCAUAUGUGCAGGUUCGUGAUACUCAAACAAGUUCGUCGUGACUUGGUGACUAGCCUGCCUCUACCGAGACGUCUACUGGACUACCUCAACGCAACGCACUACUACUCUGAACUACUUGCUGACUUAUAGGUUAUGCUUUCACAACUAAAAUAAUCAAUCACAUUCUCAUAUAAUUCGUCCAUUACAUUCAUACUUAGAUAACUUGCAAGGUGCGAGCGCGGGCGCGAAUUUUAUCUUGUUUUUUAUUUGGAAAUUGACUACGAUUCAUGCCGUAUUCGAUUAAUAAUUAUUGAAAAUAUAUUUUUAAUAUAUUUAUCAACAUUAAUUAUUUCUAUGAGUUUAUUUAAAAAUUUGAUUUUAAUAUUUUAUUUGAUGUAGUAAUUGUGUUGUUUUGUUAUUUUGACAUUAUCUUUUGAUUGAUGAUUUUAUUAAAGCUUUCACGGCCUGUUAUGUUUUUGCCGUUGAAAGUAUAUGAACUUUGGCCCAAAUGACAUAAAAAUCGCGUCCGCGUUUUAAAAAUUAAGUUUGAUAAUGGAAUUAUUAGUCAUUUUGCGUGUAUUCGUUUAUAGUUACUGGUAGAAUGAUAUCAAUGGAUUGUGAGAUGUUUUUAUAUGAAAUAUAAAACUCGCAAAUUUCUUCACUUAGAAGAAUCUUUUUCACAGCCUUCAGGCAGUAACAGUAUUAUAAAUAAGUUUUAAUUUUAUAAUUCUUGAUGAUUUGUUUUAAUUAUUUUCUGAUUUACGAUGAUUUAUUUAAAUACGUAAAUAAUAUGCAUGUAUUUUUUUUACGUAAUUCGCAGUUUUAUAAUGUAUCGUUGCUAAUUCACCAAAGAUGAAAAUUGUAAAUGAAUUAAAUUAUUGUUUUUUUUU